GGUUGGCGAGAAAGUUGCAUUUUCUUUUUUUGGCGCGCUUCGAUUGAGCAAAAGCAUUUUCAUAUAUUCUUUUCUUGUUUAUACUCUGGACUCUGUUUGGAAGCCAAUUGAUGAAUGGUUGAGUAGUUCUGUAAUUUGGUUCUGGAUACAUAUAUAUUAGAGCUUCAUGGACAAGGAUCUAUGGGGUCCUCCUGACAAUCCAGAAAGCAAUUCUUCUAUGCAACCUGAAUGGGAGUGUGACUUUUGCUUUGGUUGUGGGUUUGAUGAGAUUGAAGAGGAUGCUUUGAAUGAGAGAUACUGCAUACGAGUGUUGAGGAUCUUGAUAAGAAAAGCAGAUACUGAAAUCGAUAAACUUGAACAAGAUUUGAUAUCCUUGCAAAGUGAAUUGGCCUGGGUAGAAAAUGAGGAGUGGUCCCAAAUAUGCUCUAAUGCUUUGAAAGAAAAGAUAAGUUGCCUUGACAUUUCGGUUAAGAGUUUGAGGAAUAAGGACAAGAAUGAUGUUGAGGUUCACUUAUUGAUGCAUACACAACCGGUUGAAACACUACAUGAAAUAUUGAACGCUUUACUCGUCAAUUACUUCUACAAGAAAGAUGAGCAGCCUAAGGAAGUUAAGGAUGCUACUAUCUUAAACUCAAGUUCUGUUGUUCCAAGAGAAACAAUCAACAUUGUGGAUGAGAACAAAACAUUGGGUGAUUAUAGCUCAGAAUUUAUUAUGAGGGAAGAAAUGAGGAAAUCAAGCUCUACAACAGAACAUGCUGCAAUUUUAAAUCCAUGUUUGAAGCUUGAAGAGAAGAAAACUAACAAUCCUAAAACUGUUAAGCCUGCAAAUGCUGGUGUCAAAGAUUCCAACUCUCAUUCAAUGAAAUUGGCAGCUGGUCAAUCUGAUGAGAUAUUAUCAAGCUACUAUGGUCCAAAAAAUACAAGGAAGGGUGAAAGUAGAGAACAUGGUUUUAAUCCAAAAGGCAGUAGAAUUAUAAAAAUUUCAUCCUCAAAGUCCGCAGAUGAGGGGAGAUGCUAUGUCGAAAUGACUAAACUUCAGUCUACAAAUGUUGGUGUUAGCAAUUCCAUUUCCGGUGCUUCAGGACAUCCAGUUGGCAAUUCUUCUAAGAAGAAAAAAUUGAGCAAUUCAGAUUCAAUAAUUGUAAGUGAGGAGGUUGAAGAACAUAAUUCUAUCUCUACAGAUGAUGUAAUCUUAGGCUCAUCCCUGAAGUCUGUGGUGAAGAAAACAGAUCCUAGUAAAAUGGUCAAGUUUGCAGGUACUGUUGUAAAAAAUGUAAGUGCAAAAGAAUUGAGAUGUGCAACUGGCCUUCAUGGGAGAAUAGGAAAUGCUGAUUCUGGAUUAGGCACUUGUAGUAACCCUGACAUAGAGCAAAAACUCUCUGAUUUGUCUCUGAAAGCUGCAUGCAAGCAGACCAUGAAAGAAUUAAAGGUUGCUGGGGCUGAGAUUGUGGAUUCUCCACUAAAGACACAGGGAAAGGAGAAAAAUCCUCCACAAAUUGUGAAGGUUGUUGAAGCUGCUCUGACUGAGACGGAAAAUUGUGCCUUGACCUCACUUUUAGAGCUGCAGGAUAAGAAAGGGACAAAUGCAAUCAAGUUGCUGCCUAAAGAGGAAGGUGAAGAUAUGCUUGAAUUUAAAAUGAGUGAAAUUGGUGCAGAUGAGAAAAAAUUCAACUUGGACUUAUCCCACGAUUUUCAGGAAAAAAGGGCCAAGAAGAUUAUCAAGCAGGAUGCACCAAUUAUACAAGAAAUUGGUUUUACUACUAUGGCAGUUGAUUCAAGUUCAUCUUUUGUUUCUGAAGGCAAGAAGCAACAAAAAUCUGGGUUGGGUCCACUGAAUGCCAGUUUAAAUGAGCAUCAAAAGACCACAAAGAUAGUACUUCAGCUUGGUGAGUGUGAAUCGAAAGAGAAUAGUGCUUAUCCUGUUGACAGUCCAAAUUCAGUUUCACAGCCACAGAAUAAAAGGAAGAGGAAUACAAAUUUUCCAAUCAUUGCAGAGGCUAAAGAUUUUACUGUUCAAAUGGACUUCUCUGAUUCACAAAGAGACACUACUGACGGUUUAAAUAAGGAUGACCAGUCAGUCGCUGAGUCCUGCUUAAUUCAUGAUUCCAGCUCAGUGACUGUGGCUUCAAUGCCUUCAGCUUCAAUCUUGGAGAAAAUGAAAUUACCUGAACUGCGGGACAUUGCAAAGAGAUACAAACUAAGAAAGUAUUAUAAGCUCCCAAAGAAAGAACUCCUUCAACAAUUAGCCAGCAAAAUUGACAAUUGCUAAACCUCCAGGUCAGUGUACAGAGUGCUGCCAUUUUCUCCUGUUUCCCUCCUUUUUCUGGGUAAUUUUUUUAGCUUUUGUCUUUUACCAUGCAUUGAUGUGCUAGGAAAUUUGGAUCACUCCAUCAGUCUACACUAAUAUCUAAUAAUCGAAGGCACAUCUUCAAAUCCCCAAUGUUUAGUGAGGUGUCUUUGUAAUACAGAUGCACACAAGCACAUAGAUGCACAUGCACAUGACAGGAGAGAGAAAGGGAGAGAAUGAGAUAUUAGUAUUAGCCUUUUAGGGCAAAGAGGUAAAGUCUUUCCAUUAUUCCUACAAAUGACCCUUGUCACACUAAUGAUGUUGAAGAAAUGCAGGUUAUAGGGAUCAAAUGAGCAAUUCAAUCCUCAUAGGAUAUAUGUGCUAGAAGUCUGUACAUGAACUUCCUCUCCUUAUAGAGAAAAGUAAAGUUCUAAAUGACCUUGUAUGUCCUGAAUGUAAGUAUAUGAACUGAUCACAAGUGAGUUGUAAUUCUCUAAACGUCUCUCACUGGGGUGUUAUUUCUUUCAAUAUAUUUCCUUUGUUAA